CUCGGGAGAGAAAGAGAGAGAAGCAGAGAGAGAGAGAGAGAGAGGAGCAGAGAGAGAGGGAGCGCGAGAGAGAGAGAGAGCGCGAGAGGCGACGACGGGCAUCGGCAGCGCCGCAUUUCGUGGGAACACACAAUGCAUCUGAGGCUGACCGAGCGACUGGAAACUGUUUUUACCGCGCUUUCCUAUUUUUGAUUCGCGUUUCUCUCCUGCAUUCAUUUAUUUAUUAAUUUAUUUAUUUGUGUUGCGUCUUGUCUGUCUUUUUUAUUUCGUCCUUCUUUUUCUUUUUAUCCCCACCUCCUCCCUCUUCUUCUUCUUCGUGUUCUUCUUCUUCUUUUUUUUUCCACCCAGCAGCCUCUGACGCGCAAGGACACUACAGCAUCCAUCCACGGCAGGAACGCUCACACAGAGCAUCCUCUGUACAGGCGCACCAGCCGUUCUUCCUUCCUUCAUUCCUUCCUUCCUUUCUCUUUUACCUUCCUUCCUCCCACUCUCCUCCUCUCUCUCUUUUUUUAUUUUCUCCCCCUCUUGUUUCUGUCGGAACCCAGAGGACAUCGGGAACCCUUGCUUAUACUUAACCCCCCUCUUCCUCUCCACCCACCCACACACCCACUUUUUCUCUCUCUCUCUCUUCCCCCCUCCGACUCCCUCUCCUCUCCAACGGAGACAUGGAUCUAUGGUUUCGCUCGGUCCGGAUUUGCUGGUGGAGGGUUUUGCUUCUGAUGAGUGUUUUCCAGGACUACCUGAGCUCCAUGCUGGACUGCCCGCCGACCUGCAGCUGCUCUCAAACAGAGAUCUAUUGCAAUAAGUCCGACAACGGCAGGUUCUUCCCGCUGCUCGCCCUGCAAGACACCGGCAGCAACGGGACCGGCGUGGAUAUCGCGGACUUAUUCAAAAACAUCACCUCCAUACACAUAGAGAACUGGACGGGAUUGCAGACUCUGAGAGACGUCGAUAUGGAGCUCUACACCGGACUGCAGAGACUGACCAUCAUGAAUUGUAAUCUGCGGGUGAUCCAGCCUCGAGCCUUCGCUCAGAACCCACACCUGCGUUACAUAAACCUGUCGAAGAAUCCGCUAACCACCCUGUCAUGGCAACUCUUCCAGCACCUCCAACUCUCCGAGCUACGUCUGGACGGCGUGGUGUUCGAAUGCGGCUGCAGCAUCCGCUGGAUCCAGCUGUGGCAGGAGAAGGGAGAGGCGGGGCUUCACACGCAGCAGCUGUACUGCAGGGCCGGAGCCUCCAAGUUACGACUGAACAACAUGCACAUCAAUGGCUGUGAGUUACCGGAGAUCAGCGUGAGCCACAGCAGUGUGUUGGUGACGGAGGGUGAAAACGUGACGGUGAGCUGCAACGGAUCCAGACUGCCGCUGCCUGAGGUGGACUGGAACGUCGGUGACCUGCAUUCCAUCAACACACACCUGUCCAACGUUUACUGGCCCGACAUCCAUUCCAUCAACUUGACGCUGUUCAACAUCAGCCGAGACGACAACAAUUUCCAGCUGACCUGCAUCGCCGAGAACUUGGUGGGGAUGACCAACUCGUCGAUCCAGCUGAACGUCCAGUUUCCACCAGUGAUCAUGAGGCUGGCUGAGCCAGAGAAACGCCAUGACACCUGCAUCGAAUUCACAGUUCGCGGUUACCCGUACCCCAAACUGCGCUGGUUCCACAAGCAGACGGAGAUCAAGGAGAAUGACUUUAUCUGGACCGACAAGGAUACCUACCAGGACUACUUGGAGGGUUGUCUGUUGUUUAAAAACCCAACCCACCUCAAUAACGGCAACUACACUUUGGAGGCCAGCAAUCAUUUGGGAACAGUCACAAAGACAGUAUAUGGUCACUUCCUCAAAGAAGAGAUAGAUAUUGGCUCAGUGGAAAUAGGUGGGAUCCCUGAGGAUGAGACGGGGCGACCGGAAGAAGAUACAUUUGGGGUUACCAUCGCCGUGGGUCUGGCGGGCUUCGCUUGCGUCCUCCUCCUCGUCCUUUUUGUUCUCAUCAACAAGUACGGCCGACGCUCCAAAUUCGGUCCCGUAGCCGUGAUCAGUGGUGAGGAAGACUCUGCCAGCCCUCUUCAUCACGUCAAUCACGGGAUCAUCACGCCGUGUACUCUGGAUGCGGGUCCUGACGCAGUCGUCAUAGGAAUGACUCGCAUACCUGUGGUGGAAAACCCCCAGUACUUCAGGCACGGACACAACUGCAACAAGCCGACCACUCUCGUGCAGCAUAUAAAGCGGAGAGACAUCAUCCUGAAGAGGGAGUUGGGUGAAGGGGCGUUCGGUAAAGUCUUCUUGGCAGAGUGUUACAACCUCAGCCCCACCAAGGACAAGAUGCUGGUGGCUGUCAAGACACUAAAAGAUCCCAACCUGUCAGCCAGGAAGGACUUCCAACGGGAAGCAGAGCUGCUGACCAACCUGCAGCACGACCACAUCGUCAAGUUCUACGGAGUGUGUGUGGACGGAGACCCGCUCAUCAUGGUGUUCGAAUACAUGAAGCAUGGAGACCUGAAUAAAUUCCUAAGAGCCCACGGUCCUGAUGCCAUGAUCCUGGUGGACGGCCAGCCGCUGCAGUCCAAUGGAGAGCUGGGCCUUUCCCAGAUGCUGCACAUCGCCACCCAGAUCGCCUCAGGCAUGGUCUACCUGGCCUCCCAGCACUUUGUUCACAGAGAUCUGGCGACUCGCAACUGUCUGGUUGGAAACGGCCUUCUGGUCAAGAUUGGAGACUUCGGCAUGUCCAGGGAUAUCUACAGCAGCGACUACUACAGGGUUGGAGGACACACCAUGCUACCUAUCCGCUGGAUGCCCCCAGAGAGCAUCAUGUACAGGAAGUUCUCUACAGAAAGUGACGUCUGGAGCUUUGGGGUCAUCCUUUGGGAGAUCUUUACCUACGGGAAGCAGCCUUGGUUUCAGCUGGGUAACAAUGAGGUUAUCGAGUGCAUAACCCAGGGUCGGGUACUGGAGAGGCCACGGAUCUGUCCCAAGGAGGUUUACGACAUCAUGCUGGGCUGCUGGCAGAGGGAACCGCAGCAGCGACUGAACAUUAAGGACAUCCAGAAGGUCCUGUUCGCCAUGGGAAAAGCCACCCCAGUCUACCUGGAUAUCCUAGGCUAGCAGCAGCCGCUCCCCAUCACCACACCCCUUCCCUCUCCCCUCUCCGCCCCCCCACCUCAUUCCCCGGCAGACGGAAAACAUCGACAGAGGCAAAAACGAGACAAAGAGACCCCCACACGAAAAUCCAGGAAUAACCAAACCAACCUGAUCCACUGUCGAAAAACACCUGCUUCGUUUGGGAGGGACUUAAGUGCCUGCAACACUUUUGGAUAUAGUGGAUUAAAACAUAUUUAAAAAAAAAAAAAAAAAGAGAGAAAAAAAACAAAAAACACGCACUUUUACAUUUUGUUUACUUGCGUAUAAAAUGUACAUGUUUGAAGAAAUUUUUUUUUCCCUUCGGGGGAGGGGGGGGGAACUGCAAAAAUUACACAAACAUGGAGAAAUGGAACCGGGCUGGCAAAACGGCUACAGCUUGAUACAAUGGAGAGAAUACAUCAGAGUUUAAAAUCUAUCCUGGGUUUGGUUUUAUGAAUAUAUAUAGAAAUAUUACAUAUAUUUUAUAUUUAUUUCUUUUUCAAGGUCGGUCGAGGUGUUAAAGGGUCGGCCAUUUUUCGUCGCCAAGGGCUUAGCCCCUGUCCGAAGUCGAAAACCAACAAACUACUGGCAGGGACUAGAGAAGAGGAAGCCUUACACGCUCUCUGAUUGGCCGGCUCCGAGCUUUCAAAGAGAAACUGUGGGAUAACACUGGCUGUGCUCUGUAGAGGACCUAUCCAAUCAGACAACUGACAAAAUCUAUUUUAAUUUAAAAAAUAAUGUACAUAUUGUAAAAUUCUACGUGUCAGAAUUGUGUUAACUUAUUUUUUCCUGAUUUUACUUUGGUUCCUUUUCCUGACUGUGACCCGGGUGACUAAAGCACUGAACUACGGUCCUUGUUUUCAUCCCGAUUCCGUGGAGAAUUUCUCCCGGGGAUUUUUUACCCGCGUUAGCGCCGGUUAAGUUGUCGGACGUGACGACGGCGAUCCCAGUUCAAACGGGUCCACUGACCGCAUCGCACAGACUGUGGAGAGCGCGGGAUGACUCAGAGCCAUGGUUCACAUACUGAAGCCUCGCCUUCACGUUCCACUUCGUUUGCUUUUUAAAGCAAGGAUAAUGAGUUAAGUAAUCUGUCACGCCACAACCCUGAAACACAAACACAUGCUUUGUCACUUUCACGUUUUUUGGUGUGAAACUGCUGAAGAGAACAUUUCUGUAAGUCCGACCAUAUUCAUGUUUUGGUAUCUUUAAAGGAGCAGUUUGACGUUUUGUAAAAUAUGGUUAAUUGCUUUCUCACUGCAAGGCUCAUAACAAUGCAAGUCAGUCAAGUUAGCUUAGCCUAAAGUCAUCAACAGGAGAACCAAUCUCUGACACUGGUUAAUAUUGCAAAUAAUUUGGGAUUUCUUGCUGCAGUCAGAUUUAGGCUUUUUUUAAUGUUUUUGUAAUUGUUUUCUUGUCUUUUCUCAAAAAAACUAGGUUUGAAAUUAUGAAAAUGGAAUUACGGUACAUUAAUCUUACUUUUGUUUCAUUAACAUCUUAAAAUAAAUUAUAAAAUGUUCCUAAAUGUCAAAGCUGUACAGGAUACCAGUACAGUCAGAGUGAGCUUUGCUCAAGCUUACCCCAAACAUAAAAAAAUGAAUUAUUUUUAUUUUAUUUUAAUUUCUUGAGAAAUUAAAAUAUGUAUAUGAGUUUUCCCUGUCUGCAUAACAACUUUGCAAUCUAUGUUUGUGAAUAACCUUGAUUUAAAAAAAUACCUUUUGUUUGAGUGGACAAGAUCUCUUUCACUGCUAGCAAGACCAAGCUAUGCUAACGCGAUGCAGCAUUGAAAUCUGGAAUGUUCUAAUUUGGAGUUUAGAGUGACCCCAAACUUUGGUCAAUUCUGAGUGUUUUUUAACAUUUUAGCAAAAUUGAUUAAAACUAUAGGAACAGUACGUUGAGGCCGGAUGUUUUCAUAACCUUGGUUAGCGAUGUCAUCGACAACCUGCUCUAAUGUCUUAAAUUACUAAUGUUGGCUGAAGGCAGGUUACUGAUUAGAAUACCUCCCCAAAAAAUGCAUUGGAAACCGAGGUGGAAAAUAACCCCAGAUUUCAUUGGUUUACUGUAAACGGCAUCAUUUUCUUUGAGCUCCGAUUAGUUUCAAUGACAUCUAAACAGAUUUGUGGAUUUUAAUGUUAUUCAAGGCUGGUUGGAAAGUAGGUAUCCUGUUUUUAGACUUUGUGCUAAGCUCAUGUAUCUCUGGCGCAGUCUACUCACAACUGUACCAUUCCUCUCUUUUCUUAGCAAGAAAGCAAAUAAGCAAAAUACUUUGAAACUGAAACUACAGACUUUACUGGUUGAUACCAUCCAGAUCUUGUUACAUUACUGUCCAAAAAAAGAAACUGAAUCAUGUUUUUACGAUACAGCUAUAUUUUCCAUCUGCUAUUCAUGUGUGGUGACUAUUUUUACACCUGCUGUAUCUGACAAAGAAGCCUCUUCUGUUACUAUUAUAUCCCAAAGUAUCGACUGAUACCACAUCAGCUGACUGUUGUUGAUUAAGUUGGACAAUUUGUCUUAAAUGAACCUGGUAGUAUAAAAAGUUUUCUUCCUGAAAGAGGAGGCUGAGGGAAAAAAACCCACACAAAAUCUACAGUAAGAUCCAAAUCAGAUUAAUUUUGAAGGUUGAUCUUAAAAAGAAACAUGCUUAGUUUUGAAUUUGAAUUCAUAUUUUCACGUCCUGGAGAUUUCAAUCUGAACGACGAACCUCAGGCAACUGUUCUAUUUCAUGUUGUGUCUGAAUAUAUAGCAGUUCUGUGUGGGUCUCUUUACACUCCUUUGUUUUUAUCUCGACGCGACUUCUGACAGUUUCACUGUUUGUCUCCGUUCUCCUUUGGGACUAUGUAAAGCAUUAAUGAGCAUUCAGUUACUCCAUGUGUUUUUUAUAUGACAAGCGGGAUCAAAUCCAUCAAGUUACCCAAAGUAUUGAGUUUUUGUGUAUUCUCUUGUGGUAAAGAUAAACGCUUAAAGACAUUAUGACAGACCGUGAGCAUUUGCAGGGUAUUGUAAUCCUUUCAUGGUGAGUUACGUAUUGUUUAAUAUGUUUUUUCUUUUUUUUUCUUCUUCUUCUUCUUGGAUGAACUAACUGAACACUUUUUGAAGCAAAGUUGGCAUAUUACCAUGUACACAUGUUACAGAAUAUAAAAAUGUGGUAUAACGACUGCAGUAUAUAAAAUACUGGUAUUCCAUGAUAGAUCUUUGUAUUAAUGUGACUCUCUUAAGAAAAUGUCUUCAAACAAUCAGACGAUCUCCUUUUCCAUUUUGUCCUGUCUUAUAAAGAUAUGUGAAUUUGAAACGCUCUCGUCCUUCUCUAAAUCUCUGAGAGGUGAACGUUCUGUCUUCUCUAUGUGUUUAUGUUUUUCCUCCUCCAUUCGACCAGAUGCAUGUUUCGUAUUUUUGCAGCUCUUUGUUCGAUUUUAGUUCAAAUCAUUGGUUGUUUAACAAACAAAAUGCGCCAGGUUAGAAGUUCGCUUUGUGUAGGAGUAUAUGAACACCGAAUAAAGCUGCAGGGGAGGUAGUACCUUCUCAAAGCCCAAAGUGUUAACUCUCUGACCCCUUCACGUUUCCAGAUGCUUGUCUUCCUCUGGGGACGUGUCUAAUUGCCAGCUCUUGUUGGUUGCUCUGUUGCUCUCAGUUCUGCCAGGCCAGCUCACCCACCUAUCUGGCAAAACUCCACCUACUUGCCCCAAAGUAAUAAGUGGUUUUGGAUUCAUCAAUCCAAAAUUAAGAACUCUGGUAACGUGCUUCUAUGAAUGGCUGCAUUCUUUAAGAACGAACCCGUUUUACUCUUUAGUUAAACCGGAACAUUCUUGCUGCGAUUCUGUCGCUUUCUUACAUGACUCCAGUGACCGCAGUCUUUCACAUCGGAAACCUUUCUGUACUUUGCUGGUGUGAAAGCUCACAUGCACAGAACACACUACUGUAGGGAUCAUCUUAUGCAAGAACGGACAAAUAACAGCAAAAACAAUGGCGGGCAGCAUUGUGCUGUGUUGUACUACUUAACCUGUCGUGUCCAAUGAGGAAUUAAUGUCUUACAUCAGCACUUUGUUCAUGUUGGAUGGAUUUCUAACAUUUACUAUGACGUGGAAGGUAAGGGAAUGCGCAACAUGCAAAAAUAACGUGGUAUAGUGGUCUGCCAUGACAACUACAGCUGAUUCAAAGUGUCUCUGCAUUGCCGUCAAAACGGGGAACUUUCCCCAAUCAACACCUGAAAAUACCGGCAGUUUCCAGGAAACUGUCUUGUGUAAAUGUAGCCUACAGGACAAACACUGCCGUCUUCAGUCAAUGUGUAAAAUAUUUAAUUUGCAAGAAACUGGUUCACCUAUCAAUGGGAUUCGGGUAUCUGGUCAGGACCCUCUACCUUUUGCCCUCAUGACCAAAUCACAGACAAAAGGAAGAUGACAGAUGGUCUCCUAAGGCCAUAAAGUGUAACAUAAUGAGCAGAGCUGCACCAUUACAGGCAGUUACAGAACCAUCUCAAAAUGGAGGCGCUUUAUUGAUUCAUUAGACGGCAUCGCUCACAUUUGUUCAGUUUAUUGAGGUUGGAUAAUGAGUCCACAUGUUUAGUAGUUAUAUUGUGCAGUAUCUGAAUAGGGGAUAAUGUGCUGAUGUUAGGUUGUUCUGUAGAGCAAUGUUCGGUGGCUGGAACCUAAAGAAAUUGUUCAGGUUGCACCUUCAUGCUCAUUGGGUUCUGUUUCCAAAAGAUGCAUGAUUCGACCC